AAAACAAAAUCAAAUGUCGAAGCAGAAUAAGUAAUUUCUUGUUCCAAAUUGAACCUUCAGAUUCGAACAUCGGAAUCGUCACCGACCAAAUUCGAUCUUCUUCUUCUUCUUCGAUUUUCUGUCGCCGGGAAAGUUUUCCUACGGGAAGAAUGUCGUGGCUGCGAACAGCGGUGAAUAAGGCGGUGGAGGUUGGGAACAGGAACAACAUCACUCGAACUGUUAGGAACUAUGCCGAUACCGUCGUACAACAAGCCGGACAAGCCGUCGCCGAAGGAGCCAAGCUGCUGCAAGACCGCAUUGGUGGGAGCCCCUACAAGAGCGUGAAGCAGACGAUACAUAGAUUGGAAGAAGCUGCAGUCUCGUGCAGAGGUCAUGACAGAGCAUUGCUUCUGAGCAGAUGGCUAACUGUUCUAAAGGAGAUUGAAAGAGCAAGUGAAGGUUCGGUGAAGGACAAAGAGACAAAUCCGGAACAACUAGCUCCCACUGAUGAAGGGAAGAGGCCGUCGCUGGUUUUGUAUUACGAUCCGGAUAUUGUAGGUGAACCUCUCACUUUUCGUGAUGUUUUUCUGCAAAGCCAGGCUCUGGAGGCCAUCACUCUGUCCAUGAUACUUGAAGCACCAAGUGAUGAAGAAAUUUCUCAACUCCUGGAGAUGUUUCGGCUUUGUCUGAAUGGGGGUAAGGAGGUUCAUGAUGCAAUAGUCAGCAGUAUGCAGGAUCUGGCUACAGUCUUUUCAAGUUAUAGGGAUGAAGUGUUGGUUAAAAGAGAUGAAUUGCUUCAGUUUGCCCGAACUGCUAUCUCUGGGUUGAAGAUCAAUGCUGAAAUGCUGAGAAUUGAUGCUGAAACUUCUGAUCUUCGGAAGAAACUAGAUCAACUGAAUGCCUCUUGGCCUCAUGAGGGUGAAGACAAGGCGCUUCAAGAGGCUCCUAUGACAAUAGAGGCGCUUAAAGGAGCACUUGCAAAAAUUCGAGUCUGCUCCAGAUUAGAAGGGCUUCUAAUUAAAAAGAGUCAAUUAAGCAAUGGUGAUUCACCAGAUAUACAUGCACAGAAGAUCGACAAGCUCAAGGUCCUAUUGGAAUCUCUGUCAAAUUCUGCUUCAAAAGCCGAGAAGCGCAUAUCAGAGAACAGACUCCAGAAGGAGGAAGCAUUAAAAGCACGAGUGGUGAAAGCUACUGAAGCGGGCGAAAAAGAGAAGGAAUUGUCCGUUGAAAUCGUGCAACUUGAGAAACAAAGAGAUGAGCUUGAAGCGGAAUUAAAGAGGGUUAAUAUAUCAUUGGCUGCUGCUCAAGCAAGGCUCCGUGAUGCGAGAGAGGAGAGGGAUCAAUUUGAUGAAGCUAACAAUCAGAUAGUUGCGCACUUGAAAACAAAGGAGGAUGACUUGUCCAAAUCUGUUGUAGCUUGUAAGAAAGAGGCAGAAGUUAUCAAGACAUGGAUUAAUUUUCUAGAGGAUACCUGGCUUCUUCGGUGCUCGUAUACCGAAAUGAAGGAUAAACAAGCGAUGGAUGAACUGGAGAAGCAUGAGGACUAUUUCUUGGAUGUGACCAUUAAUCUCCUCUCUGCUUACAAGAGAGAGUUGGAACCUGCAAUAAGUCGUAUAGCAAAUUUUGUGGAAAACCUGAAGAAUCUGGGUUCUGGGUCUGAGAAAGUUUCAACAGCAGAUCAAGGGGAUAAUCAGGGUUUAGACCCAAAGAAAAGUCUCGAGGAGGAAUAUCUAGACUAUGAAGCUAAGAUUAUAACCACGUUCAGUGUUGUGGAUAACAUGAAAGAGCAGUUCUACGCUCAUCAAAGCAAAUUCGAAAAAAAGGACGACCCGAGGGUCAAAGAUCUAUUUGACGAUAUCGAAAAGCUGAGGCAGCAAUUUGAAUCCAUAGAGAGGCCGAUUUUGGAGAUAGAAAUCCCAUCGCCCAAAGCAAAUACUGCUUCGUCCCCUAGGAGUAGCACCACAUCACCCAAGUCUCCCACCACAACAUCAUUGCCUAAGGUCGGAGAAAAUAUCUCAAACAGGACCUCACAAGAAAAUCCACCCAAGACGGAGAAACCCCAGAAACCCGAGCCGAGCAAUCCUUCGCCUGCUGGGUCCAGUCACGAAUUCAACCCUGAAGCUGAAUUGGCGAAGCUCGAAUCCGAAUUUGGCAAUGUCGGGCAUGAUUACUCAGCAGAUGUUGAGGUUGAUGGGUGGGAAUUCGACGAGCUCGAGAAGGAACUUCAGUCUGGCAACCCGGCAGCAACCUCCAAAUAGGCAAAACGGUCCGUCGGGUCACGUAGAAGAACACUACCGAAUAACGAUCUCAUGGCCUGCUACCGGAAAACAGAUCGAACUAUACAUACUUCACCAGCUUGUUGCUUUUUCCUUGUUCUUUGCAAGUUACCUUUGUUUUUUGUUGUUUGUUUGUAAAUUUCGUAGAACUGUUAUGUUGUAUGCCAAAGUGGAACGAAGACAACCCGACUAACUGGUCGGAACUCGUGUAAACUCCUUUGAUUUUCUCACAAUGUGCGUUUGCGUCUGCGUCUA